CCUCUGCUACACGGGGAGACCGACACGGAGCCGGCGGGCGGUGGCAGCUGUGUGCAGACACUUCCCGCGCAGGGACGGGAGAAGGAGGGGGUGUUAGCCCGGGGCCUACCCUCUAUCGAUCACCCAUGUCACUGGACACAACCAAAGUGAAUUCCUGGAGAAACCGAUCGGGGCGACUAGUCACCUGAGGUAUGUGUGUGAAUCCCGCACUGGUGUCCGGCGCCACGCUCUUCAAUCGGAGAGACCAGACUUGAUACACCCGUAGCAGCCGCCGACUCUCCUCAGCGUGCGCUUCGCUCGACCCCACCGCGCAUGCGGAACCACCUCGCAGCACGCAAGCGCCAACAGGAUGGAGGCCCCUCUUCGUCACUGACCAUGGAGUCCAGGUCCUCCGAGAACAAAGAAGAAUGUGGACCUUAGGAGGACCUGAAAAGUACGUUUUCUCGCUGUCUUUAGCUUUCGCUAAGUAACCUUCAAGGCGCAGGGCACAGACCAUCAUGAGGGCUCGGUUAAGAGGAGCACAGACAGGUCGAAACCUCCUAAAGAAAAAAUCUGACGCCUUAACUCUUCGAUUUCGACAGAUCCUUAAGAAGAUAAUAGAGACUAAAAUGUUGAUGGGUGAAGUGAUGAGAGAAGCUGCCUUUUCACUUGCUGAGGCCAAGUUCACAGCAGGGGACUUCAGCACCACAGUAAUCCAAAAUGUAAAUAAAGCCCAAGUGAAGAUUAGAGCAAAGAAAGAUAAUGUAGCAGGUGUUACUUUGCCAGUAUUUGAACAUUACCAUGAAGGAACUGACAGUUAUGAACUGACUGGUUUAGCCAGAGGAGGUGAACAGUUGGCUAAACUGAAGAGGAAUUAUGCCAAAGCAGUGGAACUACUGGUGGAACUAGCUUCGCUGCAGACUUCCUUUGUUACUUUGGAUGAAGCUAUUAAGAUAACCAACAGGCGUGUAAAUGCCAUUGAACAUGUCAUCAUUCCCCGGAUUGAACGUACCCUUGCUUAUAUCAUCACAGAGCUGGAUGAGAGAGAGAGAGAAGAGUUCUAUAGGUUAAAGAAAAUACAGGAGAAGAAAAAGAUUCUCAAGGAAAAGUCUGAGAAGGACUUGGAACAACGGAAGGCAGCUGGAGAGGUGAUGGAACCUGCUAAUCUUCUGGCUGAAGAGAAGGAUGAGGAUCUUCUCUUUGAAUAAUCUUUCCUGCUCUGAUUCCUUCAGAAGGCCUAACAUGGCAUCAUUUUAAUUCACGGUGUGUAGGUUUGGUAUGUGUGGCUAUUUAAUUUUUGGCCUAAGAAUUUCACCAGUUGUAAAAUUCCCUGUUGUCCGUUUAUGGGAUUACCUUUGCAGAAUCAUAAUUCAACAACCAUUUAUCACCAAUGAUAUUUGGAGAACCUGCCCAGAAACAUAGAAUUUAUUCUGCGAAGUGUCACCCUACUCCACUUACAUGUCUGUUGCAAGUGACCUGCUUACCAACAUAUUAAGAAAUUCCCCUUAGGAAACAGCAGUGGUCUCAGGCCAACACACGUAGGCCAGCUACUGCUGGAACACCCUUUGUUCCUACCUACUUGCACACCGUUGUCUGAGAUUGCUGCAGCCAUCCUUGUGUUAGUUACUGUGGGACUUCUCUCCUCAAACAUUAUGAAAACCUUCACUUAUUCUUCCUUGAAUCACAGGUCUGUCUUGUCUGUCAUGGGAACAGUUCUGCCAAUUCAAAUGUGACUAUGGUAAUAUACAGUAAAAUGACUUAAAAAUGAGUUGUUCCUUUUUUAAUGAAUUUACUGCUAAGUUGUGUUCUUAUGCUCAGAUCACCACAUGGGAUUGGCAUCCAAAAAGAGCUUUCUCUGCAGACAUGUAUGAAGUGGGUAGCUUCCCUUUUCCCCCUUCAUAAACUUACUGAGGUGAGUGAGUGAUUGUUGAAUUUUGGGAUACUAAUAAAUAUGAUUGCCAAUGA